AUGGAUGAAAAAUUUGAUUUUCGAACUCUACUACUCAAACUUCAAGAUUAUUUUUCUGAUGAUGAUCGACGACGCCUUCACUUUAUUCUUGGUGAUACCAUGCCAAGACAUUUACGUGAUGAUCCUACCCUCAGUGGUACACUGAGUCUUCUUGAAUCUCUUUUUGAUCAAGCAACGAUCAGUGAACAAGAUUUGAAUUAUUUAAUUCAUGCACUUAAUGAAAUAAAUUGUCAUAAAGCACUUAAACGACUUAAUGAACAUAAAUUAGUUCAAUAUAACAGAAAUCGAUGUGAAACUACAACGACAAAUGUCUCAGAUUUGCUUGAUGACAAUGAAGAGAAUAAAAUCCCGUAUAACAAAAAUAAUUCAAACUUCAUGUUAUCAAACAAUUCAAAAGAACGUCAUUCUACAUCGAGUCAGGUAACAAUGAUAUCAUUCGAUCAAAAACAAAUUAAUGAAAACAAAUUAUUUCUGACAAAAUCAAGAAUUAAAUUUGUAGAGAAAAGAUUCAAAAUAGAUUUAAUAUGUGUGAAACAAACUUUUAAAUCACGUUUAACAAUUUGUCAACUUGUUCUAUUUAGUUUUAAUAUUGUUAGCAUCCUUACUUUUAUCAUACUCAUGGUUUUCUUGACAAAACCAAAACAUUCAAUGUCAGACAUUUUAUUAAUUAAAUCAGGCAAUAUCUAUGGGAAUAGUGCAGGUGCUGAUGCGUUUAAUGGUGCUCAAGGCCGUCAAUUAACUUUUACUGAUAGAAUCGUGAAUAUUAACGCGGGUUGGAUGUCGGAUACUCUUGACUAUCUAACUUCUCUUUAUUCGAAUAAUAGAUCGAUGCAACAUGGCCGUGCAACAUAUCGUUAUUCGUCCUACAUAUCAGAGUUUGCUUUAAGUUCUGACGAAAGUAUUAGUGGCGUAGCAAUUUAUACAGAUCAGGGACGACCAAGUGAACUAUUUGGUUCAUUAAAUGGUAUGCAAAUGGAUGAAGCUCUUUCAAAUGUUACAAUUGCUUAUGUUCGAGGCAAAGCUCUGGGAUAUGUAGAAGCAUUACAAUUUAUUUGGUAUAGACAGAUGCCACGUUCGAGUAGUGCAACUUUACAAAUGUAUCAAUAUUAUAAGUUUCUAUGUCGACAGAGAGGACAAAAGUAA